AUUUAGAAGAUGAAGAGGUGAAGCUGUUCAUUCAUUCAUGCCUCAGUCACCCCCAGUGCUCAUUACUGCGGGUUCCUCUUGCACCUGUGCUCCAGCAGAGAGAGGACUACACCUCACCAUAUAUGGACAUGUGAGAGACCCCGGGUGGGAUGACGUUGGACGUGAAAUGGGGAUGAACAGCGUGUGUGUGUGUGUGUGUGUGUGUGCUAGAAUAAAUACCUAAACCACAGUAGGGGGAGAACACCGGUCUAAUCUGGUUACAUAACAAACCCGCUGAAUUUGCGGCACGUCCCUGCGCUAAUCCAUUCCCGCGGCAGCGGCUGCAGGAAAACACGCGCGCACACACUUGUGGCUCUGAACGCACACGCGUGCUCAAGUCAAGUCAAGAGCGCGUGGAAUAAAAAGACAAACCACACAUAGAGGGAGUGACAUCUGUUUAUCUGCGGUCGGUUUAUCCGUGGACAGCUGCUCUCCCAAAGCCCGAACCAGAACCUGGCGGGCGGCUUCGCUGCGCUUGUACGCGCCCGUGACGAUUCCGCUGACGCGCCACUGGCCGCAGCACCACCCAGGAGACAGACAGCAGAGAGGAGAGGACAGGAGAGGAGAGAGGACACUGACUCCCUUUCUCUGCUUUGACUAAAGCCUGUUUUUGCGCAGGUCUCGCGCGGACUGGACGAUAUUUAACGAACAAAUCCUCCAGCAGCAGCAGCAGCAUCAUCCUCAUCAUCCAGGCUCUCGAGCAGAGAUGGAGGUACCAGGCUUGGCGCACAACAUCACCAGUCCAUUAAGUCCCUGCGAGGGGAUGAUCAAGGACCUGAGCUUGAACGCCAUACAGUUAUGUGAACGAGAUGAAACAGUAAUUGAUCCAGCGAGGAGCCAACGUUGUGUCUCCAGCCUUCAAAUGACCCCUAUCAUCCCUAUCGAAUUUCUUUCUGAUUCAUUCAUUCCUGUCAUUAUCCUUAUUUUGCCUUCUCUCCUCUCCUCCUCUACUUCCUUCCUCCCUUCCUUUCGUUCACUCCAGGAUGUUCCUACCAAGCUGGUGGCCAAGGCAGUGCCUCUGCCCAUGACAGUUAGGGGUCACUGGUUCUUGAGCCCACGCACAGAGUACACUGUGGCUGUCCAGACUGCAUCCAAACAGACGGACGGGGACUACGCCGUCUCUGAGUGGAGCGAGAUCAUCGAGUUCUGCACUGCUGAUUACUCCACGGUGCAUCUAAACCAGCUCCUGGAGAAGGCAGAGGCCAUCGCUGGCCGGAUGCUGCCUUUCUCUCUCUUCUACAGGAACCAGAAUAAAGAGUACUUUGACGACGCCAGAGAGAAGCAGGGGAACCAGAUGCUUCCGUCAGUGAAGGACAACAGUGGCAGCCACGGCUCUCCCAUCAGUGGCAAACUGGAGGGCAUUUUCUUCAGCUGCAACACGGAGUUCAACACCGGCAAACCUCCGCAGGAUUCCCCGUACGGCCGCCUGCGCUUCGAGGUCCAGGCGAACACACUCUUCAACCCCGACACCAACCUGUACUUUGGAGAUUUCUACUGCAUGUACACGGCCUACCACUACGUGAUCCUGGUCCUGGCACCGAAGGGCUCCAGAGGCGACGACUUCUGCAAGCAGCGUCUGCCCGCGCUCGACAUCGGCAGCAACCCUUUCCUGACCUGCAAGCAGGUGGAGGAGUGCGACGGCGGCCUGGUGUUUCAUCACGCUCAGGACGUCAUCCUGGAGGUGAUCUACACGGAGCCCAUGGACCUGGCGCUGGGCACGGUGGCGGAGAUCAGCGGACACCAGCUGAUGAGUAUGUCCACGGUGAACGCCAAGAAAGACCCGAGCUGCAAGACCUGCAACAUCAGUGUGGGACGCUAAGGCGACAGCCGAUUGUCAAGAGAGCGAGGGAAGGACUAAGAAGUGACUGACCUCUACACACACACACAUACACACACACACACAUGCAUGCAUGACGCAGCAGAUUUAGAAGGCUCCCAGACAUGCACACACACACACCAACAUAUCUCUGUACUCUGAAUAUUCCCAAAGAAGGACGCGGAGAAUAUAGAGGAUGGUACUCACUCUUUGACAUCUGCCCCCACUGUGCAGCCAUCUUAAAAGUUGGGGUCUGCCCUAAAUGUUGAAAACAUACAUUUAAAAACACACCUUAAAGAUGUCCGUGUAAGGGACCACCAGCUGAGAAAUCUAAACCUGGGACAGCGACACAGAUCCAUGCGUCCAUCCUGCAAGUUAACACCGUCAUAGUCACCAAACCCUUUAACUGUACUAAAAAACAUGGGCUGUUUCUAUUAUAUUUAAAGUGAUUUUUUUGUUUUUUUUUUAAAUCAGUUGUUCCAUUAUGUUGUCAGUGACCUUUGCCUGGUUUUUAUUGAUAUACUGUUAAUUGCAUCCACCGUCUGUGUGGACAAGCAUUUUGCUCUUUGACUGUUUCUCUCUCUCUCUCUCGAGAUGAUGAUGACGAUGAUGAUGAUGUUUUGUUCAUAUUACACAGUACACUUCUUUUACCUCCUACUAGUGGCACGUACUGGUACUACACGUUUCUAGGGCUGCAGCAUCAAUAGUCAUCUUUCUUUAUACCAAAGGUAUUAAACACUAGACAUUAACCUGCUGUGGGGAAAAAAAGAAAACAAAUGCAACAACCUCUAACAUAACAUGUGUACUCACUGAAUCUCUGAUGGCCAACUUGUGAACUACGCAUUAACACUUUAACCUUUUUUUAGGGAAAGAAAAGAAAAGCAUGAAGCAGUUUUGUGGAGAAUGAGUACGAAAGCUGUCGGUGCCGCACUCAUAAACCUUUUUCCUGCAACGUUCGAUAUUUACUUUAUUGUAGUCGGUGGAAAGAAAGUAGAACCAUAAACUGUGUUUAGCAGAAUAAAUGUGAAAAAAUA